CCCAAUUGCUGCAUAGAUCUGGUUGGGGUUUUCCAGCUGGGACUAUGCGGAAGUUUAGUCAAGCUUCCAAACUAACAAAUUUGCAAUAGAACAAAAUCCACAAACCAUUUUUUAGGGGAGGCGGCGGGGGAGAUCCAAUUCUGUUUUUCCAUACAAGUUUGGAGCUAUUUUUUCCCCUCUUUCAUAUCCUUGAAGCCUGAGCCAAAUCCAGUUACAAAUCUCGGCGCACGGACAGCAUAGAGCCAGCAAUGGAUCCCUCCGUGAGUAGCUGUAUGCGAAGUCCCCGUCCCACUACCCCACUCUGGGGGUGCCUGCGGAAUGCCCAUGCGGAGCUCAGCACAGCAGCAGGAGCGCAUCAUUACCCACAAGCACCAUUCUCAUUCCAUCAAAAACCAGACUUUGCUGCAUAUUCCGAUUUCUCAGCCUCUUGUUUGGCCACUGCCCCCCACAGCUUCCCCCGAGAGGAACGCAUGUUCGCAGAGCAGCACCCUUCUUUCCAGCAUUCUGACUGGCACUUUGCAGCAUCCGAGGCCAGAAGGCGGCUAAAUCCAGGACUGGCCUUGGGUUCUGGGGAACUAGAAAGCAGCAGCCCAAACCUAGUGGCUGCUGCAGGGGGCAUGAAUGAAGAUUAUGGGGUACCAGGAAACACUACAAAUGAAACUGAGAAAAAGUCAUCCAAAAGGAAAAAGGAAACCUCAGAAAACCAGGAUUCCAGUAGGAAGCCAGAAGCCAGCAGCAAAGCACGGAAGGAGAGGACAGCGUUCACCAAGGAGCAGCUGCGGGAAUUAGAAGCUGAAUUUGCUCACCAUAAUUACUUGACAAGGCUCAGGAGAUAUGAGAUAGCUGUGAAUCUGGACCUCACCGAGAGACAGGUUAAAGUGUGGUUUCAAAACCGAAGGAUGAAGUGGAAACGUGUGAAGGGCGGGCAGCCAGUGUCCCCUCACGAGCAUGACACUGAAGAUAUGGACUCUGCUGCCUCCCUGAGCUCUGAAUAGCUCCUCGCCAGUAGUAACGUACUGACGAAUGCAGGAAGGGUUGUCAGUCAGAGAACUGACGCCACACAGUUUAGCAGCAGCUGUAUCAUUAACAGGUGCCCCUCCCUGCUCAAAUCAUCUCAUCCUCCUGUGUGUGACUGUGGAAGUGGUGUGCCUUAACAUGCCUUCGGGACUGUAAAGGGCACACAGGAAAAUCCAGAGGAGGGUCUGACUGAACUCUUGGCAGUGCCAGUAUUUCUUCAAAAUAAUAACUAAACCCAUUGACUAUGAAACAAAUAAAGCUGACUAGAGCUGGAUUUCUAAGAACCAAUAGUGGUCUUCAAGUCCUCAAAAGACACAGUUUAGAGGCACCAGUUUAGGGUUCAGUGGGGCAGUAAUGUAGCUCCCCAACAUAUAACCUUAUCCAGCAUCUCUCUUUGGUCACUGCUAUUUGCCAAACCAUAAAGGACUUGAGCAUUCCACAGAAGUGCUUUCUUCGUGCAUCACUCCACGAGUAAUGAACACUCUGGUAUCCACUGAUGUUUCUUGUGUCAUCCAAACUGAAAAUAUAAAUGGUUAUAAGCAAGUCUGGGGGGCAGUGGGAAUGUCAAACAAAAGUGUGGCCCCAAAUGCUAUAUAGGCCUCCAGCCAUCAGUUUUGGAAGGGAUCAUUCCCACAAGGACAAGGGCUCCAAUUAGAGCUGAGAUGGCAGGCACCUUUCUGAUACGCCUGUGUGAAUGAGAUACUGGAGGUUUGUUUAAUUAAUCUUAGUGUAGCUGCUGAAAUCAGAACAUUAAAUCUCACAGGGAAUAUUUUCAUAACCACCGCCACCAAGUAUCAAAUCAAGUGUAAUGAGGUCAUGAAUCAUCACUGUUCUGCCCUGGACACUGAAAUAUAGCUGAUUAUAUCUUCUGAAAGAACGCUGCUCCUUUCUGUUGUGUUUGUCACACUUCUUUCUGGAAUGCCUCUGGGUAUUACCUGCAGUUUCCUUUGUUACAACUCAGGACUAUCUGGGUGAGCAGAAAACAGUGUCCUGUGAAAUGAUUAGUUGAAUUUAUCAGUCUUAAGUUCUCGUUUCUUUUUUACUUGGGAUCAGAACGUUCUUCCUGUCGGCAUGCAGGUAUGUAUAUGUGAAUUAUGUAUGAAUAUACGUGUCCAUAAUGUUCUAUGGAUAAAUAUUUACUAUACAUGCACUCAGGGUCGGAUUAACUCUUCUGUGGGCCCAAGGCUAUUAGAUUUUGUGGGGCCCCUGUAUACAAGUCUUUUUCCUAAUUUAAAACA